UUAAAAUUCAAUGAUUUUUAACCCCUUAAGAACUCUAUUUUAGUGAAGGUUGUCAUAGUAACGGUUGCACACAGGGCAGAAGGAAAAUAAUGUCAGAAGUAGAAGAAACUCUUAAGAGGAUCCAGUCCCAUAAAGGUGUUCUUGGGGUCAUAGUAGUCAAUCAGGAAGGUAUACCCAUUCGUACUACAAUGGAUAAUGCCACUACAGUUCAGUAUGCUGGUCUUCUUCACUCUCUGACAGCAAAGACUCGUGUUACUGUCAGGGACCUUGACCCAAUGAAUGAGCUCUACUUCCUGAGAAUAAGGACAAAGAAACAUGAAAUAAUGGUUGCACCAGACAAGGAUUAUCUUUUAAUUGUUGUCCAGAACCCAAGCAGCAACUCUUAGACACUUCAAAAAAACUUUUAAAACUAUUUAAAAAGAGUAUUUAUGCUUUAAAUUACAUGUACAUGCGAUACUAACUGUCACAAUUUUCAAAUGUUAAUAAAAAAUUGAGAACAUUAA